GUGCAGCCGCUCAAGAUAGUCAAAUCCAACUCGACCGCUUCGUCGAUUGGCUCGCCCACCAAGAUGUCACGUCCACUAUCAGAAAUUGGCUCGACAGAGCGGAGGAGGAAUUCACCCAGUUACAACCAGGCCACCAAGAUGGUCACCAGCAAGGAUUCGUCGCCCUUUGAUUCAUCACCGCUGCAACAACAGCGCUCGCCGCGCAUGUUCUGGGAGGACCGCGCUUCGCCCUCGCGCUUUGGUUCCGAGAACAGUCCUGAGCGUCCCGAGCGCUCUGCUUCUCCUACUGGAACAUCCUCACACCGUCGCUCAUCCAUUGAGAACCUCAAAAAGGCGUCACGCGUAAAGAACAGCACCAUGUAUGCCCGCGAAACAAAGCACAACUACGAUCCUUCAAGCUCUCCUGUCAUCGAGCGUCCUCUAAGCAACCGCGGCUGGGGCGGCAACUUUCAAAACAACGUAUUCACACGCUUCGACAGUCUCCGCAAGGAAAACAGCCCUCUCAAAUCUCCCACCGANGGGGAUCUGAGUCCUUCCAAGAUUCCAUGUCCUUCAGCCGGCCCCUCUGUUGUGACAUCCAAUCCCAACUCUCCCCGCCGGGAGACACCUUCGCCAACCAAGUCUUCUCUCACAUACAACAGCCGUUUUGCUGCGUCUUUCGAGUCCGACCAAAGUCACUGGCCUGAGGACCAAGACGAUGCUAGAGUCGCUACUCCCCGUGCGCAGCCGCGUCAUGCGAAAAGCGUCACAUUCGAGACGGCACCUCCUGAGAUCAACGAAUACGAACAGCAAACACCAGAACCAUCUUCCGUCGCAUCGGGUUCACGAGAGGGCAGCUACGAUUCCGAUGACUACGAAGAUAACAGCUUUGAACGUGCCUCCUCUGUCGACGAAGACAGUUUCGAUGCCUCACUCGAGGACACAGACAAGACUCCAGUGGUUCUUCCCGAAGAUUGGAGGCAUAUGAGCCCUGAUGUUGCUCGUAGCCAUCUUGCCAUCGACUACGACGACGUUUUCGAUGAUGACGAUGAACACAUCGAGAGACAAGCUUCGAAUUCGACCAACGAGCAACGUCCUUCUUCCAGCCGCUCCGAAUCUGCCAACUCGGAUGCCGAAGCAAGACCUCUGCCUCCACUUCCUGGAGUCCCCUCUUUUAGAAGAGAGCGUGUUGACUCUGGUAGUCUUGCUGCUGCUGCAGAACGCGCAAGUAGUAUUCAGCGUUCCCUGCCUUCUCCACCCCGUCCUGCUUCAGUCUCAAAAGAUGAGAUUCUUCGUAUGAGGGAGGCCAACAUGUCUAUGGAAGACAGAAUGAAUCUCCUCAAACUGCAAACAUCUCUGUCUGAUGUACAAAAGUCACAAGACACAGAAGAACAUGCGGAAGGAGACGUCAAGUCUACCCACGAAGACGCUGCCCCGACUCCAGAGCAUUCAGAUGUCGAAGACGAUGAUUUGGCCGGCUUUGACUUUGCACCAAGCAUCUCGCGCGAGUCCAUCCUGCGUAACGUCAAGUCACAAAAGUAUGACCAAUUCGAUGCCGAUUUGCAAGAGGAAUCCAUGGUCUCGUUCGCCGAUAGAGACUAUCGCGAACUCGCCAACCUCGAUCCUGAUGUUCCAAUUCCCUCCCGCGAAACAUCAACCCAAUUUGACGCCGAAAUUGGUGCUGACAUCAAGGAAGAGGCUGAAAAUAGCUACCUCGACCUCAGUGCUGUUCCAUCUUUCCACACUGAGCUCGAUGAAACCAGAGCAGAUGAAUACGACAGACAGUCUGUUAUUCACCAUGCUGACUAUGACGAAGGCUCUCAGGUCGAGGACGACGAAAGUCGCUACUCAUCNCCCAUGUCGGUCCUGAUCAACGAACAACCAGAAGAGCCUCAACACAUGCCUUGUCAAGAUGAUCAGGAAUCACCCAUGGAAGACGAAGCAUUCGCGACUCCGCUUGGUAACCCACAAUCCACAGAAGAGUCGAGUAGUAUGGGUCUUCCCCUAAGCUUCUUGGGUAAUGAUGACUUUGACUUCGGUCUAAAGGACUACAUCACUCCUACACCACCUUCCUCAUCCGGCACACAGGAAGAAAGCAANAAGUCUAUACUCGAACCCCCCGUGGUGUUACAGCCUAGCUUCACCACCGAAGCCCAAUACGAACGACAGAGCUCAGUCGAGUCUGAUCACACUAUUGGACAUGAGUCAUUUGGUUCUGUCAUUCAUGGUUCGAUGAUUGACAUGUCUCCUCCUCCCGAAGAAACACCCAUCAUUCCCGAGCGUAAAGCCACCAUCAAGACUCAGGGAAAGCUCAAAGCUCGACCCUCUGGAACACCUGCCGACCUAGAAGCCAUGAGAGCUCAACGUCGACAUGUGAGCCAGGAAGUGCCUCCGAUUCCUGACCAGUACCGCUCCGAGACGUCGGCUCAAGCAGAUGAGCAAACCUCUUCUGACGAGGAAGAAGAUGAAGAAUCACACAGCUCAGAGUCGCUCGCUGAGCCGGAGAUGGCUGGCCAAGAAUACCAACAGCUCGCGACAAAUGACGAGCAGGGCAUUGAGAGGUCCCUCCAGAGCGACACGAGUCUUGAAAAGGAUGGUCAGCACGAAGACGAAGCUACAUCCGACAUUCUCCCCGAACAGCGUCGACAAAGCCGCAACAUGAAACUCGACCUUGACUUCAAGCUUGAUUCUUUCGACGACGACGAUAUGGGUCUCGGGAUGGAUGCCGAGUUUGACCGCAAGGGAUAUCUCAUGCGUCAAAACACCAAGGUCAUUGUCGCUAGCAACAGAAACUUUAGCGAUGAGAGUCAACGUCCGCUCUCUCCCAAUGGCCAGGCCAACCCCUCAACUUCUGGCAAGAGCAAGCGCACCCCGCGCAAGUCAAGCGCUGGUGAGAAGUACUUGACGACUGAACCAUGGAACGGCAAGACUAGACGUAAAAGUUCCAGGAGAUCCUCUGGCAGGAAAUCCAACGUUGGCGGGCCGGCCCCUCCCUUGCCUGGUCACGAAAGCUCUCUCGGAAAGGUUGAUGAAUACCUCACUACCGACGAGACUAAUGAUGGUGAGGAGAGAGGACGACUUUUUGUCAAGGUCGUUGGUGUAAAGGAACUCGACCUACCACUGCCACGCAGUAAGUGCCUCUUUGAUGUCUUCCCAAAUCGAACUAACAUGAUUUUGCANGACGAUCGUCUCUUCUUCCAACUCACCCUGGACAAUGGCUUGCAUUGCGUGACUACUGCUGAUCUUCAGCUUGGAACAGCCGCCGCAAUCGGCCAGGAAUUCGAGCUCGUUGUUCUUCAGGACCUCGAGUUUCAACUAACUCUGACUACAAAGCUGCCGGCCCCUGCACCCAAGCCCCAAAUGUCGAUCCCCGUUCCAGUGUCCCCCACAAAGCCCAUCAAGUCGUCAACAUCAAGAUUCUCUCGCCUCCUCACCUCUCCCAAGAAGAGAGCGGAGCGUGAGAGAAAGGAGAGAGAAGAGGCUGCCGAGAUUGAACGUCGUCAACAAGAAGAGAUGCAACGCAAGCGCGCCUCUGUCAAGCCCACGUCUUGGGAUAUGCUGCGCGAAGUUGUUGAUGCCAAAUCUGGUUCAUUUGCUCGCGCUUAUGUCUCCUUGAAGUCUCACGAGUCUCAGUGUUUCGGACGACAGCUCACCGUCGACAUGCCUUGCUUCAACGAGUGGGCAAUCGAAAAGGAUGCCGAUGUUGUCAGCAGUGUGCGCAGCAAGCGCAACAAUGGCAAUCCUGGCUUCGGUGGCAGAGAUGGUACCAUCAGGCGUCCACCCUACGCAGUGGGCAAGCUUGAGUUGCAGCUCAUGUACAUUCCAAAGCCCAAGGGCGCUGGUGACGAGCACAUGCCCAAGAGCAUGAGUUCAGCUGUCAGAGAAAUGAAGGCGGCCGAACAAGUCAAGGAGUCCUCGUGGGAAGGCUGCUUGAGUCAGCAAGGCGGUGACUGUCCGUACUGGCGCCGUCGCUUCUUCCGUCUUCAGGGGACAAAGCUCACAGCUUAUCACGAGCACACUCGUCAGCCUAGAGCGACUAUCAAUCUCUCAAAGGCUACAAGGUUGAUUGACGACCAGAAAUCACUUCUCGCCGAUCCGACAUCAGGCCACCCGACCAAAGGAAGACGCAAGUCUGCCUUUGCCGAAGAAGAUGAUGGCUAUCAGUUUGUCGAGGAAGGUUUCAGAAUGAGAUUUGCCAAUGGCGAGACCAUCGACUUCUACGCCGACACCGCCGCAGACAAGGACGCGUGGAUGAAGGCACUUGGCUCAUGCAUAGGGAAACCUUCGACAAGCAGCACGGCCAAAUGGACCGAUGUGGUGUUGACCAAGGAACGAUCAGAUGCAAAAGCAACAAAGGCACAACAGAACUCGGAAGACUCCAGUCGACCAGGACCAGAUGCUCAUGACACCAAAGCCGGUGCACCCAAGCUCAAGCGAACAAUGUCACAACAGGAUUCUGUGCGCGGUGAGACACCGCCCACCAGCAGUCCACGCCCCGGGCACCGUGACAGACAUCAGGUCAAGAGCAUGAUCUUCUAG